CUGUCUCCAAAAAAAACAACAAAUAACAACAGAGACGCCGUAGACCCGAGACCCGGAGCAGUUCAGAGGCAAUGAAUAAUAGCUCUUCAAGUCUGUAAUAAAAAAUGGCCUCCAAUAAAACUACAUUGCAAAAAAUGGGAAAGAAACAGAAUGGAAAGAGUAAAAAGGUUGAAGAGGCAGAUCCUGAAGAAUUUGUGGUGGAAAAAGUACUGGAUCGAUGUGUAGUAAAUGGGAAAGUGGAGUAUUUCCUGAAGUGGAAGGGAUUUAUAGACGCUGACAAUACUUGGGAACCUGAAGAAAAUUCGGAUUCCCCAGAGUUAAUUGAAGCAUUUCUUGAUUCUCAAAAAGCUGGUAAAGAAAAAGAUGGUACAAAAAGAAACUCUUUAUCUGACAGUGAAUCUGAUGAUAGCAAAUCAAAGAAGAAAAGAGAUGCUGCAGACAAACCAAGAGGCUUUGCCAGAGGUCUUGAUCCUGAAAGAACAAUUGGUGCCACAGAUAGCAGUGGAGAAUUAAUGUUUCUUAUGAAAUGGAAAGAUUCAGAUGAGGCAGAUUUGGUGCUGGCAAAAGAGGCAAAUAUGAAGUGUCCUCAAAUUGUAAUUGCUUUUUAUGAAGAGAGACUAACUUGGCAUUCUUGUCCAGAAGAUGAAGCUCAAUAA